AUGGCGGCCUCCUGGUUUGCUCUGCGCGCCGGUCGCCAGCUUGCUCUGCGGUCGCGUGUGCGUGCCGGUCCUUCUCCGGUUGCUCUGCGGACAGUGUCUGUGUCCCCAUUGAACAUUGCCCACCGUGGCUUGCACACCCAGCAGCAGCAGUCCGCGCCGUCGACUCGCCGCGGAGUCUAUACCAGCUCUAUUAACGACCAUGGUGACCCCCACCCCCAGGACAUCUUCCAGCCUCUCGAUACUUUCCCCCGUCGUCACAUUGGCCCGUCUCCUGAAGCGGCCGCGGACAUGCUGGCCGUUCUGGACCCGCCCGCGGCAUCGCUCGAUGAGUUUGUCAAGCAGGUCCUCCCCGCGGACAUUCUCUCGAAGAAGAACUUGAAGGUCUCGGAACCCCAUGCCGAUAUCAACCUCUACCGCUCCAGUGUUCAAGGUGGUCUUGGCGAAACCGACAUGCUCAAGCUGCUUGACACCUACCGCAAGCAGAUUGAUAUCUCAGGCAAGACCUACAUCGGAACGGGCUACUACCCCACAAUUGUCCCUCCUGUGAUCCUGCGCAACGUCCUUGAGAACCCCGCCUGGUAUACCAGCUAUACCCCGUACCAGCCGGAAAUCUCCCAGGGCCGUCUCGAGUCUCUCCUCAACUUCCAGACCUUGACCGCUGACCUGACCGGUUUGCCUUUCGCCAAUGCCUCCGUUCUGGACGAGGCCACCGCCGCUGCGGAGGCCAUGACCAUGUCCUUUGCCACCAUGCCCGCCUCCAAGCAGAAGAAGGCCGACAAGUCGUUUGUCGUGUCUCACCUCUGCCAUCCUCAGACCAUCGCCGUUAUGCGCUCGCGUGCCGAGGGAUUCGGAAUCAACUUGGUUAUCGGUGAUAUCAUGGCCGACAACUUCAAGCUCGUCAAGGACCAGGGCGACCACCUCAUUGGUGUUCUCGCGCAAUACCCUGACACUGAGGGUGGCAUCUACGACUUCCAGUCUCUGAGCGACUCUAUCCACGGCCAGGGGGGUACCUUCAGUGUUGCCACUGAUCUGCUGGCUCUGACCGUUCUUAAGGCCCCUGGUGAGUUCGGUGCUGACAUUGCCUUCGGCAGCGCCCAGCGUCUGGGUGUGCCCAUGGGCUUCGGUGGCCCCCACGCUGCCUUCUUCGCCUGUGCGGACAAGUACAAGCGUAAGGUUCCCGGCCGUGUCGUCGGCGUUUCCAAGGACCGUCUUGGCAACCGCGCCCUGCGUCUGGCUCUCCAGACUCGUGAGCAGCACAUUCGUCGCGAGAAGGCCACUAGCAACAUCUGCACUGCUCAGGCUCUGCUCGCUAACAUGACUGCCAUGUACGCCAUCUACCACGGUCCCGUCGGCCUGAAGUCCAUUGCCCAGCGUAUCAUGUCUAUGACUACUCUACUGCGUGAGAAGCUUGUGUCUCUCGGCUACAAUGUCCCUGUUCGCUCCAACACUGAGGGCAAUGCCGUCUUUGAUACCCUCGCCAUUGAGCUGGCUGAUGCCUCCGAGGCUGAUGCUGUCUUUGCUGCUGCCCGUGAGCAGUCCAUCUUCCUGCGCCGCCUUGAGGGUAACAAGGUUGGUCUCUCUCUGGACGAGACUGUCGGUCGUGAUGAGAUCAAGAAUAUUCUGAAGGUCUUCUCGGAUUUCAAGUCCGCCAGCCCUGUCGAGGUUGAUGGCACUCUUGGUGUCACUUCCAUUCCCGCUAGCCUGGAGCGUACCUCUUCCUUCAUGACUCACCCCGUUUUCAACACCCACCACUCCGAGACUGAGAUGCUGCGUUAUAUCCGCCACCUUGAGUCCAAGGAUCUCUCUCUUGCUCACUCUAUGAUCCCUCUCGGAUCUUGCACCAUGAAGCUCAACGCUACCACAGAGAUGAUUCCCGUCUCCUGGCCCGAGUUCUCGCAGAUUCACCCCUUCAUGCCUGCCGACAAGGCCAAGGGUUACAUCCAGAUGAUUGAUGACUUGGAGCAGCAGCUUGCUGAUAUCACUGGUAUGGCUGAGGUUACUGUUCAGCCCAACUCCGGUGCUCAAGGUGAAUUCGCCGGUCUGCGUGUGAUCAAGAAGUACCAGGAGGCUCAGGGUGAUGCUAAGCGCAACAUCUGCCUCAUCCCCGUCUCUGCCCACGGUACCAACCCUGCCAGUGCUGCCAUGGCUGGCAUGCGCGUUGUCACUAUCAAGUGUGACACCAAGACUGGUAACCUGGAUCUCGCGGAUCUUAAGGCCAAGUGUGAGAAGCACAAGGAUGAGCUGGCCGCCUUCAUGAUCACCUACCCUAGCACCUUUGGUGUCUUUGAGCCGGGUGCCAAGGAGGCCUGUCGCCUGGUUCACGAGUACGGUGGCCAGGUCUACAUGGACGGUGCCAACAUGAACGCUCAGAUUGGACUGUGCUCCCCGGGUGAGAUCGGCGCCGACGUCUGCCACCUGAACCUGCACAAGACCUUCUGUAUCCCCCACGGUGGUGGUGGUCCUGGUGUUGGUCCCAUCGGUGUGGCUAAGCACCUGGCUCCCUUCCUGCCCUCGCACCCGACCAGCGAAUAUCUCCAUGCCGCCCCCUGGGGCAGUGCCAGCAUCCUUCCCAUCACCUUCAACUAUAUCAACAUGAUGGGUGACCGCGGCCUGACCCACGCCACCAAGAUCACCUUGCUCAAUGCCAACUACAUCCUGUCCCGCCUGAAGCCUCACUAUCCGAUCCUGUACACCAAUGACCACGGCCGCUGCGCCCACGAGUUCAUCCUCGACGUGCGUGGCUUCAAGGAGACCUGCGGUGUUGAGGCCAUCGAUAUCGCCAAGCGUCUCCAGGACUACGGCUUCCACGCCCCGACCAUGUCCUGGCCCGUGGCCAACACCCUGAUGAUCGAGCCUACCGAGUCCGAGAACAAGGCCGAGCUCGACCGCUUCUGUGACGCUCUGAUCUCCAUUCGUCAGGAGAUUGCUGAGGUCGAGGCUGGCAAGCAACCCCGCGAGGGCAACGUGCUCAAGAACUCGCCGCACACUCAGCGUGACCUGCUCGCGACUGAGUGGAACCGGUCUUACACUCGUGAGGCGGCGGCCUACCCACUGCCCUAUCUGUUGGAGAAGAAGUUCUGGCCUUCUGUGACUCGUGUUGACGAUGCCUUUGGUGACCAGAAUCUCUUCUGCACAUGUGGCCCUGUCGAGGACACCGAAUAG